CUCUCCUGAAAAACACAAAAAAAAAUUUUUUUUUUGAUCAACACAAAAUUGUUCUUCGGUCUAAAUUUUCCGUUUGUGAUUUCCGUGUACAUUGUUUGUGGCGGAAACUGUUGCAAAAUUUCGCAGGCUCACAUUGCUCAUCGAGUCGGUUCUAAAUUUUCAGUACUAGUCGAAUUUGUUAAAUGCACGUUAUGAAUAAAAUUCGGUUGUUUCUUGUGAGAUCUAUCUGCCAGCGCCGUCUGCCGGCCAUCAGUAGCUUGCGCCACUCAUCAGGAUGCGCAGACGUGUCACGAGGUGGCAAGGGUCUGGUCGUGGGGCUGUACCUGAAGGAGGGCGACAAGGAUCCCAAACUUACGCCCAGUGGUGAGAAGUUCAACGACCGUGUUAACGGAAAGCUGUCAGAGUUGAUAUGCGAGACCACGAUAUCGGGCCGACUGGGUCGCGGCAAAGUCUUCAAUAAUAUUGACCCCGACUAUCGUUGUGUGGCUGUCGUCGGCCUUGGCCUUGAGGGCAUUGGUUUCAACGAGCUGGAAAUGCUGGACGAGGGCAUGGAAAAUGUACGCGUUGCUGCCGGCAUUGGAGCACGGUCGCUGCAGGAGCAGGGUUGCUCGGAGGUGCAUGUCGAUGGCAUGGACUAUGCCGAACAGGCUGCGGAAGGUGCCACCUUGGCUGUCUGGCGUUACGUGGACAUGAUUGCCAAAAAGAAUCGACCGAUUAUACCCAAACUUGAAUUGUAUGACUCGAACGAUUCGGAUGGCUGGACCCGAGGUGUUUUCAAGGCUGAUGCCCAGAAUCUGGCGAGACGAUUGAGUGAUGCGCCAGCCAACUGUAUGACGCCCACAUUGUUUGCACAGGCUGCCGUGGACGCCCUUUGCCCCUGCGGCAUUACGGUCGAGAUCCGCACUAUGGACUGGAUUGAGGGACAACGCCUACAUUCAUUCCUUAUGAUUGCCAAGGGAUCCUGCGAGCCUCCAGUGCUUAUGGAGAUAAGCUAUUGUGGUACUGCACCCGAAGACAAGCCAAUUCUGUUUCUCGCCAAGGGUAUUACCUUCAACUCUGGUGGCAUCAAUCUGCGUCAUUGCAAGGGCAUGGAUGAGUAUCGUGGCAGCAUGUCUGGUGCCGCCGCCUGUGUGGCAAUGAUGCGUUGCUGUGCUGCCCUCUCGUUGCCUAUCAAUGUGUCCUGUGUGAUCCCGCUGUGCGAGAACAUGCCCUCAGGCAUGGCCUGCAAACCUGGUGAUGUCUGUACGCUGUUGAAUGGCAAGUCUAUGUCCAUUCGUGAUUUGGAUAAAGCUGGUGUAGUGGUAAUGGCUGAUCCCCUGCUCUAUGGACAACUGACCUACAAGCCACGACUGGUCGUCGAUGUGGCUACCCUGGGCACGGGUGUCAAGAAAGCUUUCGGUGGCGGUGCCUCCGGCAUUUUCUCCAACUCCCAUUACAUCUGGAAGCAGUUCCAGCGUGCAGGCUCCCUAACCGGUGAUCGUGUAUGGCGUCUACCUCUGUGGCUUUACUACAAACACCAAGUGACCGACGAAUUGGCCUUCGAUCUAAGCAACAACGGACGAGGUCUGGCCAGCUCCUGCUUGGCCGCCGCCAUUCUACACGAGUUGGUGCCCUGUGUGGACUGGGCCCACAUAGACACACGCGGCACGGGUCUGCUGAGCAAGUUCGGUAUUAUUCCCUACCUGACUGCACGUCGCAUGACGGGACGACCGACCCGAACUCUCGUACAGUUCCUGUACCAAAUGGCCUGUCCCGAGCACAAGUAAGGGACACAGCUCCCGUCAAUUAGUUGGUUGCGUGCGUAUAUAGCGUCUGUUCGGAUGUCCUGAAUGAUAUAAUUGUGGCGCGUGGCUGGCAAGUAGCGCAAGAAAAUACUGUAUUUGAAUGCAAUACAAUUACAAAACAAUGGUGUAAAUACUAGUGAUAACAAAAAUGUGUUAAAUUGAUGAAAGAGUACAAAUAUGACUUAGAACCAGCAUCAGAAA